AUGCUGGUGGGCCAGAUCGCGGAGUCCAUUCAGAACUUGAAGGAAGCGAUCAACCUGGACACAACCAGCGCGGAAGCCCACAACCACCUGGGGCUGUCCCACAUCCAAGAGCAGAACUUUGAAGAAGCGCGGACCUGUUUCUCCAAUGCCGUGGAGCUGGACGCCUGCUCAAGGUAUUUGAACAAUCGUGGCUUGGCUUGCUACCACUUGGAGACGUACGAGGAGGCGGCUGAAGACUUCACCGCAGCCUUGGAGGCGGAGCCUGGCACCGCCUCUGUGCUUUUCAAUCGUGGCAACGCCUACUUCCAGCUUGGCCACCACCGAGAGGCCCUGGAAGACUAUGCGGAAGCGAUCCGGCUGGAGCCAGACAACGCCACCUACCUGCACCACAAGGGCUUGGCGUUUCAGGGCUGCGGGGAGGUGCGCCAGGCCAUCGCUUGCUACGAGGAGGCGCCGACGGCGCCCCGUCGGGGGUAUGGCAGUUUCGACUUGGACGCAUCCGGGUGA